AUGGUCUCAGAGGAGACGUAUGAGAUGUGUCUGCACAUCCUGAACAAUGAGGAAGACAACGAGGAAGAAAAGGCUGAGAAAUUGGAGGCCUUUCUGCGCGAACAGUCGUCUCUGACCGACUCGGCGCUGGAGAAUGCGGUCCUGGAUGUUCUUUGGCGUCAUCGCAACUCGUCCCUGUCCGAUGCCUCUCAGGCUCCCGUUCGACAUACGGUCAUUCGACGCUCUUCUCCCGCACCAUGGCAGAUGGCUCGUUCGGCCACUCCGCUCUCCCCUCCCUCGCAUACCGGCUCCAGUCCCGUUGCCCAGUCUGGCUUCCCCGUACCCCGUGGGGGAUUCCCUCGCGCACCCAGAUCGCUGACGGCUUCCCCAUUCACCUCUCCACGGCCUUCGCCACGAUUAGGCAAGGUGCUCCCCAUCCCUCAUAGUCCUAAUCUCAACACCUACUCCUUUUCAGACCGUGGUCCUGCUCCGGAGAUAUACGGCGAUCUCGGCAGCGAUAAUGUUGAUUGGCUGGUCAAUGAGGAUGCCAGGAGCACGGCUUCGUCCACAGGUUUGAGUGCUGCUGCCCCGGAAUGGGUUGCGCCUCCAGAUAUGGGGCCAUAUGACAUUCUCAGGUCGGUGCUGGGUGAGCGCAAGACGAACGAGGAGAUAGAGCACGCUCUCGAGACGAACGGGUACGAUCUUGGAGCAACAAUCGCAUCCCUCACCGAACAGGACAACUUGGAAACGCCUCUCUCUUCCAGCAACGAAGGCCGUGUCUUAAUUGGAAAGUCUACGGCCAUGGAUCCAGCACGACCAGUGACCCCUUCCAGCUCAGCGCGUACCCCAGUCGUUUGUAAAUAUUGGCUGUCUACCGGACAGUGUCUUCGGAUGGACUGUCGGUUCAGUCAUGAUCUGACAAGCCAUGUCUGCAAAUAUUGGCUUAUGGGCAACUGCCUUGCAGGAGAGUCGUGUCCCUUUUCUCAUGAUCCAUCAUCUCUGAUCGGAGGAAUGAAUAUCAACAGCGACCACUUGAGUGUCUCUGGUUACUCUGGAAACACUCAGCAGAAUAUGUAUCCUUUGCAGGAUAAUUAUGAGGCAUUCCCUCCUCUCCAGCCACCCUCAACCACAGAACAAUGGCAGAACAAUAGCAAUUACUUAGUUCGAAGCCAGAUGCAGUUCAUGGCGGGCAGUCCUCAGAUGCGCCCAGGCUCGUCCUCGAGUAUCAAGAACAAGAAUAUCUUGAACCAGUCCGCCUCGCGUUCUCACUCUCGACCAACAAGCAAACACCAGAACCGCGAACCACCAAACACGUCUGCGCCCGCGGUUGAUGACCCAGAAGCCUUCCCUACGCUUCAAGCACUUAGCAACAGGCCUAAGAAGCAUCACGGCAAACGAGGCAACCAGCAUCGCGAAGUCAACAAGAGCAGAGAAACCUCAGGCACCUCCUUGGCUGACGCUGUUCGCACGUCACCUUCCACUAAAAAGGGGGCACAGAAAGGAGCUCGAUCAUCCGCCAGCAACACUCGUGAGAUCAGCACCGAAGCCCAAGCUAUUCCAUCGCCAAAGCACAUCCCAUGGCUCGAGACCGGCAUCGAUGCUGCCCAAGCUUGGAAUCGCAAUGAUGCUCGCGCGGCAAAGGCCCUCUCGCUCAGAGGCCAGGCUGAAAACGAUGCAAUGCGGAGAUGCCACCGUGAAGCCGCCAGACUUCUCUUCGAAGAGGGCCGAAAACGCAUCGCCGAGAAUGACGAUGAGUUUUAUAUCGAUUUACACGGCCUCGUCCCCACCGAAGCAAUCGCCUAUCUGGACAAUAUUCUCAAAGACAGCUCGCAGCUUCGGGAGCACUACCUCUACGUCAUCACCGGCAGUGGCCAUCAUAGCAAAAACGGCAAAGACAAGGUCGGCAAGGCCGUCAAGGGCUGGUUGGCCGAACAUCACUACGUGUUCCGUGACUUCAGCGUGCCCGGCGAACGCGGCGGGUUUGUUGCCUUUAUAAUUGGCAUCAAUCCAACGGCUAGUACUAGCAGUGGCCGAAUCUCACCAUCACCAUCAUCUGCUUCAAAGGCCCAGAACACUGAACACGCUGUUGGAGAGACCAGCCAAGGCAUAGCCGCUGCUACUGCUACUGCUACUACCAUCACCAUGAACGACGCAGAUGAUGAAGACGGCAGCGGGGCCGUAGCAGAGGCCUCAUCAUCGUCACCUGAACCCGCGCCCAUCCUCAAGAUGGGAAAGAUACAGCUACUGAAGCGAGACGGAGCCGCCACGAAAGCCUGA